AUUUGAAGUAAAAUUACUUUCAAGAGAAGUUACUCUAAAUAACACGUUUGAGACAACAACAGAAAGUCACGAACCAGGGAAAGUGUAUGUUGCUGAAGUCACGGUUACCUGUGAAAAAAAACAACUUAUCGUCAAGCCAAAGGAUUCUGAUGACUGGGAAAGAUUUCUACGAGACAACCGUGAGAACCAAGUUAGAGUUAUCUUGAUUCACAGCAAAUCUCUGCGCGUAAUAGAAGCCAAGUUAAGGGUUUAUAGAGAAUACAAAACUCUCAUUGAUUCAGCUGUGAAAACAUGGGAAAAAAGAGAACAUCUGCAGUGUUUACGAGGACUUGAGAGCUACCCUUCAGUUUUAAAAUACAUCGCUGGUCAGAAGGAUAAUAACCCAGCUAUAAAAGUUUAUCUUGGUCAUGACGACAGAGGAGCAAUGAAUUUUUUCAAGCAGAAUAACCAAAUUCCGAAAAGAACAUGUUUUGAGUUUGUUAAUGUAGCCGAAAAAUCUAAAGAAAUAUUCGAAGCUGAAAAAAAACAUGUGGACUACAGCUCAUUUUUAGACGAGAGACAUGUUAGAACAGAACUAAGUGAAAUAAUCAACAAACAUGCAGAGAAACUGUACGCAAAAUAUUCAAGUAUUGUAGGACUUGAUGCAGGUAGCAUGUAUUUCGAAGGUAAGAUGCAACCAUGUAUAGUUAUAUAUAGCUUAGACAAAGAUUUGAUACCAUACGGCGAGGACCCGCUACCAAAGACUAUUGAUGGUUUGCAUUGUCAUGUUAGGGAAGACCUCGUCAUGUUUGGAAUGUGCUUUGAUUGCCGGCAUAGUUUUUAUCCUAACCCUGGUUGUUGCAUUGGGGUACCUUCAAUUGGAAUUGGUUCAGCUGGGUUUUUGGUAAAAUUAAAGGACUCUAAAUCGCCAGUCACUGGUUUUCUCACAGCUGCUCAUGUUGCAGCUAGAAAUUUGAAUGAUUUAUACAACUUCAAUGUCUUAUUGUCAACUUUAGUUUCAAGUGAUUGUCAAGAUGAGAUAGUUCAUCCAUUACUCCCUGAUAACACACAAUACCAAGUUAUCGGAAAAGUAAGGGAAUCAUUUUGCGGAAAUUUUGGAGAAGGUUUUGGGAUAGAUGCUGCGUUUGUUGAAAAUUCCGAACCAAGAGAAGGAGAAAUGAGUGAAUUGCAGAUAGCAGACGAAAACAUUCUUCAGUUUAACGUGAGCAAAGUAAUGAAAAGAGGAGGAUCAACAGGAGAGACGGAGGGCCUUUUGACAGGAAAUACAUUAUCCGUUUGCGUAGAUAAAGACUUUAGUUUUGGUGGAUUUUAUUACUUUGCCAGAUGCUUUUCCAUUGAAAGUAUCGGUCGUCCUUUUUUCGAACGGGGUGAUUCAGGUUCCGGGGUUUUCUUGAUGGAAAACGGAAAACCAACAAAACCUCUUGGAAUAGCGUUCGCUAAACUUUUGAUUAACCAUAAAACGGCUGUCUGUAGAAUCGACAAAAUUGUUGAAGCCUUUGGCCUUAGUGUAUGUCAAAAUGAAGAACCGAUGGAAAUAUGAAAUAGAAAAUAAAACAAGUAUUAAUAACUUAAGACUUAAUUUGCUUUGUCCGUUAACCAAUUCCGUAAAGUUUAGUCCUCAGGAUUUGCGCUUCUUUUUUAUUUAUUCGCAUCCACAUCGCAACAGAAAUAAAAAUGUAAAGAAAGCAAAGUUGAACUUAUUUUCAUAGAAAAUACCUAUAUUCAAGCAAUUAGAAAGGAAUCUACAAAAACGUUUGCAUGUUUCAAAACACAAUUUUAUUCCACCAUUAUAGUAAGUAGAUCUUAUCGAGAAGCCUCAUUUGUUGUUACAGCUUUAAUAAACAAUGAUAUUGUAUAUUCUGUAUGCCAAUGUAUAACAUGUAUUUAGAUUAAUACGCUCAAUUGUAGCAUGUGUUUCUGGAUGGAAAUCAAAUCAUUUAAAGAGGCUGGUAGCUAAAUAACCCAUCAGAUCUACCUUGAUUUGUGUUAUAUGUUUAUCUAAAUUAUUAGAUAUUAUUUAGUAAAGAAAAAUGCAAUGUAUUUUAGUUUUUACGUUUCAGUUUUUCCUAUAACUGUACGCAAAGCUCUUUUUCUAAAGAAAAUUGGUAAAGUCUAAAUCCGGUCACGACCAUCCAGCUCUCUUAAGUCACAUUUAGUCAAGUAUAUGUUUGUUCAUUCUUUGUUUGUUCGUUGAUUUGUUAUAAAUAAACCAACACCACAUUUUCAUACCAAAACAGUUGUAUUAACCUUGUAGCUAUUAUAGACAUAAAAUUAAUGUUAUAUAUUCCUAUAGAAAAACCAGCAACCAUGUUUGAUCACAUUUUUAAUUUUUUUUUAAUUAUUCAUUUUUGUUAUCUUAAUUGUGUAUGCUAUACUUUAGCUCCAAGAUCAUGAAUCUGUCUUGAACUUAAGUCAAAACUUGUACACUCUCAUAUUUUCUUGUGGUUGAAUACAUCGAAAAAAUAAAAAAGUUUUUAAAAAAUUGCCUGUAUAUUAUGUUGAAAAUUAUUAAUUCCAAACAUAAUCUUAUAAGCAGUAUUCCUUUUAUCAAUGAUUGAAAUUUGGACUAAAGUCUGAAAAUGCUUCAUGAUCCUGCGGCCUGUUUAAUGUGUAUAUACAUGUGAUGUGUUUAUGCUAAAUAUACUCUGUUUUUGCAUUGCUUAAAGAUUGUAGCUAUAAGCUCUCGGUGUAUAAUUAUGUAGAAUGUUAAGAUUAUAACCUUGUUUAGACUUUUUAUUUUCAUCUAUAUUAUGAACUUUUCGCAUGAGUGUACAUUAUGAAAAAUUCACACAAAAAAUCAAAUAAAAUUGCAUUUCGAACUCUUUCUUGUAUUAAAAAAGGAUUACUAUACAUUUCUGCAACAGUUUAUGAAUUAGCUUUUAGCACUUCAAAAACCCUUUGAAAACAACCCGGAAACCUAAAUGCACUGUGACAAAAAUUCUUUCAAAGAUUAAAAUAUGGCGACUAGCGUAGGUAAGGUCUAAAUAUAAGUUUUUAGAGGAAACCAAGACAGAAAAAAAGUUGGUAUGCCUUAAAAGUCGAAGCUUCUAAGUAAAUCUGAUGGUCUACCAAUCAUUCUUUAUACUUGAAAUUUUUUUAAAAUAUUUUAAACAUAGGGUUUCACAUAUGCCAUAAUGAAAUUUCUGCAUAUGGAUUACAGUAUCUAUGUACAUUAUUAUUCACUUUGCCAAUUUGGUUUUAGUUUUUGACCUGCUUGGCAACCUAUAUUUUUUCAAAAACUGUUAUACAUGAAUUUUAGCUGUUCAAAGAUUUAUAAGAGAUUGUGGCAGAUUCUCGUAAUUUCAAUGUUACUGCCUAGACCAAAUUAAGAAAAAACUGUUUUUACAUGUACGUUUGUUCAAUAACUUAACUAUUUAGUAAUAUCCAUUUCUAUGUACGUUCCAUUUUAAACUACUAUACAGUUGUAAAUUGUUAUACUUGGUAAGAACCUCGUAAGUUGUAAGAACUUGUGUUCGAACCAUUUGUAUAUGUUUAUACAAUAAAAU